GCGGUCGACCCGCCACGCUGCGAGCUUUGCUGAGUACGCGUGUGCUCCGAGGUGCCUCGUUGUUUCUCUCCUUCGUUUCUCGUCUCUGCGCCUCUUCCUUUCCUCUCUUUUUCCUUCCAUAUCUCUAUUCGACCUCUCUAUUCCAUCUUCCUCUUCCUCUUCCUUUUCAUCGCAUAAUGUUUUCUCUCCUUCAUGUUCUUUCCAUCUCUCUUUUCUUCUCUGGGUUUCGCUCUCAUUUCGAUCGAGCCAUCGUUCUUUAAGAAAGAUAAUACAGUUCUCUUAGAAUAAAGCGAGACAAGAUUUCUGCUCAAUUCGCCGGCUGCGAGAAAAAGCGAACUUGCAAACCAGGACAUUUGACACACAUCUCCAUGAUAAAGGGGUGAGAGAGAGAAAAAGAGAAAGAGCGGUGAGGGCGAAAGAGAGAGAGAGAGAGAGAGAUAAUCGCAAAAUCGACUUGGAGGUUCGAAGCUCCAGGUUUGGAGCUUGCGCCGAUUCGUCAGGAGCUUGCGGAGACUCGCGUGCGACAGCGCAGCGGAUCUUGACAAUUUUCUCUCACAUUGCAAAUACGCGCGACUCGUCCCUGGAAUCACGACGACUCGACAUUCACGACGUGAGAUCGGAAUGAAUCGCUCUUACGCACGAGUACGACGAGUGUCCGCGAAUAACCGCGCGAAUGUGCCGCAGACUUAUUUGAAGAGGAAUCAUGACCGUAGUAAAAGAACCUAGGCUUAGAAUGUGUACGAUCGAUGAUUACACACACCAUGUCGCUUAGCUUGAACGUGGAAACAAGCUCUUUCGAUUUACAUUUAUAUCUUCAAUCCAAGACAACUACGGAAAGAAAAUCUACGGGUGCGUGUAAAAUGAAUGUUUCUCAUCGAGGAAUAUAUCGCGGUUCUCCACGAGCGAGGUGAAGUGAGAAAAGGAACGCGAGGAUCGAGACAGCCUCAAAGAUCGACGCAUCCGGAGAUGUUCCUCGAGGGAGUCGAGGGCUGCGCGGUCCAGGGCUGGACAACUCACUCGCGUAAAAGGAUGUAUGUGCUGUCGAUAUGUGACUCGGUGAGCAACGCGCCGCGAUAAUGGAGUGAUUCAGUAGUCGUGAUAACGCCUACGGUGCACGUGCGCGAAUGCCGACAAGUACGAGGGAGGAGUACGUGUGAGAAAACGUGUUAUGUUAGAUGUUUGGCGCUUGACAGAAUCAAUUUUACUGGAAAUUGCGAGGGAGAUCCGUGCAAGUGAAGGUCCGAGAACACAUUCUGAAGAGCAUAUUUAUGACAGUACCGCCAAAGUUCUGUUGCAAGACAAGUUCCUUUCGAAUAAACCUCUUCGUGAACUUGGUGAAUUUGGAAAUCUCACCAAUUAAAAAACACGCUGGCAAUUAACAAAAUCAGGUCCGAAAAAGCGUGGAAAAAGCGGCCUUUCUCAUGCUCAAAUCGAAGAUGAACGUCUGUCAAGUGCGGGGUCAACUAGUCGGAACUUCUGUCACCUAAAGUCAUCUUGCUAUAACUCUUCGACCAACAGGAGGAGAAAAAAUAAAAAAAAAGAACGAUCAACACUUAGUGACGGAAAAAAUUGUAACACUGUGCGAGCAUGACCGCAGAAACGGCAUUCGAUCCGACGGAGAUUUCUUCGUUCGACGUGACAUCGCUGCUGGAUGUCAUUUCGACCGAAGAGGAGAAUCCUUCUUAUGCCAAUAAUACCGCCGAGGUGAACGCCGUGGAGAUCAACUGGUCAGACAUGCCCUCAGCAAUCGUCAAGAUCUGCAUCCUUGGUUCGAUUAUUGCCACGGCGCUGUUCGGUAAUUUGCUGGUGAUGGUGUCCGUGAUGCGGCACAGAAAGCUACGAAUCAUCACCAACUAUUUUGUGGUCUCGUUAGCACUGGCAGAUAUGUUGGUGGCGAUGUUCGCAAUGACUUUCAACGCUAGCGUGCAAGUGACUGGUAGAUGGCUUUUCGGUUAUUUCAUGUGCGACGUCUGGAAUUCCUUAGAUGUCUACUUUAGCACUAGCUCGAUACUCCAUCUAAUGUGCAUCUCGGUGGAUCGAUAUUAUGCGAUCGUCAAGCCACUCAAAUAUCCUAUCAACAUGACGAAAAGAGUGGUGGCGUUUAUGCUACUAGCCUGUUGGGUAUCGCCAGCCAUCAUUUCCUUCGUGCCAAUCUUCUGUGGCUGGGACACUACGGAGGAGAAUAGCGUGCAUAGGCACAAGCACCCAGAACUCUGCGAGUUUAAGGUCAACCAAAUAUAUGCUAUACUGUCAUCAAGCAUAUCCUUUUGGAUACCGUGUACCAUCAUGGCGGUCACAUACUUUGCUAUAUUUAAAGAAGCUAACAAACAAGAGAAACAGAUGCACAGCAGAAUGGGUAAUGCUAUGUUGCUUAGUCACAGACCAAGUAAGGAUCUUAAUAAUUUAAAUGGCGAACUGAACAGCGCCGGAUCGUCAAAAACUCUGACUUUAAAUGAGAUCAAUAUCGAGCAUUUACACACACCCACAAAAGAUAAACAUAUGAUGAAGAUGAAAAGAGAACACAAAGCAGCAAGAACGCUGAGUAUCAUUAUGGGUACUUUCAUCCUUUGCUGGUUGCCAUUUUUUCUUUGGUACGUCAUUACAGCACUUUGCGGCGAGACUUGUCCGUGUCCCAACAUCGUGAUUGCGAUUCUAUUUUGGAUUGGGUACACGAAUUCAGCAUUAAAUCCAUUGAUCUAUGCGUAUUUUAAUCGCGACUUUCGAGAAGCGUUUAAAAAUACCCUGCAGUGCGCUUUCUGUUCGCUCUGUAGACGAGAACCAUCGGAUCUCGAAGCGCUGGAUUUUCGUCGGCCAUCCCUCAGAUACGAUGAUCGCACCAAGAGCAUAUACUCGGAAACAUAUAUAAAGCACAUUGAUCGACGAAGAUCGAGUGAGUUUGGCAGCAGUCUUUGAGAUGAAACUACGUUUCCAAGGUUCUAGACGAAUGCAAAAAAUACGCAUCUAUGUAGACAACAGUCACAUAGAUACAUUAUACGUAUCGCAUAGAUAUAUAAACGAGCGCGUGCGCCAAUUUAAACAUAACCGUAUUAUACAUACGCACGCAACACACAAUACACAUACACACACACACACGAAAUUCUGUCGAGACUUAUAUCUACUACUUUGCCAAAUACAUAGACGAAGGGGAUAAAAAGAAACUCACCGUUUUUUUUUCACGGUGACAAUAAAAGCGCGUGAAUAUGACGCUUAAAGCUCGAAACACGCAUGUAUUAUACAUAGAUUAUGUCGUAUUGCCAAAGUUAGAUUUUUAAGUAAGCUUUCGUAGCUAAUGAAAAGUGUGUCGUGCUUCGUGAGGAUCAAUAAAAUCGUGCCUGUGAAGGAGCGAAGGAGAUUCCGAUUGAACUUUGUUGUACACGUCGCGAGAGAAGAAACAUACCAUUUCUAUGAAUAUCUUUGUAAGAUAUCUAAACGAAUAUAACUUUGAAAAGCCACGAUAUAGAGAGUCAGAAGAGUUGGUGAAUC